AGUACGCGCGAGAGAUAAAGAGUGUGUAGGAGAGGAAGAAAGGGCUUGAGUUCAGACGAAGGUGAGGCGAGGUCCUACCAUGUAGGAGGCCAGAAGAAAAGAGGGGAGGGAUAGACCGAUAGCGAAGUGCAGCAUAGAGCGAUACGAAUAGACAUCAGAGUGUGAGGGAGAGAGCGACAGAGAGAGUCAGCGCGCUCGAGCAGGAGUGCGCUCGGGGACAGCAGCACACCGGCCGGAUCUAAGAGUUGAGAGGAUGGAGAUCCGACCAGAUCGGUUCAAGGUGGUGGCGGGAAGAACACUUGGGAAGAUUCACAGACUCAUCGAGAAGCGGCAGGAGAAUGGCGAGACGAUCGAGCUGUCGGCGGAGGGCCGCCCGGAGAUGGUGGAGGAGAAGGAGAUGCCGGUGGUGGACUGCACCUGCUGCGGCCUGCCCCGCCGCUACAUCAUCGCCAUCCUGUGCGGCCUGGGCUUCUGCAUCUCCUUCGGCAUCCGCUGCAACCUCGGCGUGGCCAUCGUCAGCAUGGUCAACAACCACACCGUCUUCCACGGCAAGAGGGAAGUCCUCGAGCCAGCUCAGUUUUCAUGGGACCCAGAGACUGUAGGGAUGAUCCAUGGCUCAUUCUUUUGGGGCUACAUAGUCACACAAAUCCCUGGAGGAUUCAUAUGUCGAAGGUUUGCAGCCAACCGGGUUUUUGGCUUUGCAAUUGUGGCCACGUCCGUCUUAAAUAUGCUGAUCCCUCAUGCUGCUCGGGUAUCCUAUGGCUGUGUCAUGCUGGUCAGGGUUUGCCAAGGGCUUGUGGAGGGUGUGUCAUACCCUGCCUGCCAUGGAAUCUGGGCUAAAUGGGCUCCACCCCUUGAAAGGAGCAGACUGGCAACAACAGCUUUCUGUGGGUCAUAUGCAGGGGCAGUGGUGGCCAUGCCUUUGGCAGGAAUUCUGGUGCAGUACACUGGGUGGUCCUCAGUCUUCUAUGUGUAUGGCAGUGUUGGUGUGUUCUGGUACCUGUUCUGGAUCCUGGUGUCCUAUGAGAGUCCUGCAGCCCACCCCACGAUCACUGCCGAGGAGCAGCAGUACAUUGAGGAGGCCAUCGGGGACUCGGCCAACACCCAGAACCUGGCGAAGUUUAAGACUCCCUGGCGCGCCUUCUUCACCUCGAUGCCUGUGUAUGCCAUCAUUGUGGCCAACUUCUGCCGUAGCUGGACCUUCUACUUGCUCCUCAUCAGUCAGCCAGCGUACUUUGAGGAAGUCUUUGGGUUCGAGAUCAGCAAGGUGGGGAUGGUGUCAGCUCUGCCUCAUCUGGUGAUGACCAUCGUGGUGCCAAUUGGAGGGCAGCUGGCAGACUACCUGCGGACCCACAACCUCAUGAGCACAACCAACGUGCGCAAACUCAUGAACUGUGGAGGUUUUGGCAUGGAGGCAACUCUGCUACUGGUGGUUGGGUACUCUCACACUAAAGGGGUGGCCAUCUCCUUCCUUGUGCUUGCUGUUGGCUUCAGUGGCUUUGCAAUCUCAGGGUUUAAUGUGAACCAUUUGGACAUCGCCCCACGCUAUGCUAGUAUUCUCAUGGGUAUCUCCAACGGAGUCGGUACCUUAUCGGGCAUGGUGUGCCCUCUCAUCGUUGGAGCCAUGACCAAACACAAGACUCGUGAGGAGUGGCAGGGUGUGUUUCUCAUUGCCUCACUGGUCCAUUAUGGCGGAGUCAUCUUUUACGGUCUCUUUGCAUCGGGAGAAAAGCAGUCGUGGGCGGACGUGGAGGACACCAGCGACGAGAAAUGCGGCAUACUGGGAGAGGACGAACUGGCCAAUGAGACAGAAGAGCUUUACCGUACCGGUGGACAGUACGGGGCCAUGAGCCAACCAGACGCAGGGCCCAACGGAGGCGGCGGCGGCGGCGGAGGAGGAGCAGGGGGCUGGGUCAGUGACUGGGAUAAGUCUGAAGAGUUAGUCCAGCCGCCGGGAACCAAUAGGUAUCUGUAUGGAGGAGAAGCGGACCGAGAACUGCCAUAGAAGCACAGAGGAAUAUGAAAGAAAGGUGGAGAGGGAGAGGGAAUGGGAGGGGUCACUGGAGAACUAUGAGUACAGUGGACAGGGGUUGGGAGAGUUCUAAAAUGAAUGAGUACACUACUGAGAGUGUGUGUGUGUGUGUGUGUGUGUGUGUGUGUGUUUGUGUGUGUGUGUGUGUGUGUGUGUGUGUGUGUGUGUGUGCGUAUGUGUGUGUGUGUAUGCGUGAGUGUGUGUGUGUGUGUGUGUGUGUGUGUGUGUGUGUGUUUGUGUUGACUAUUGAUUCCUCCCAAGUCUCCCCUCGUGGCUGUCCUAACUUGUGUCGUCACAGCUAACCUGUGUGGCUUGUGAGAGAGUGUGUAAUCAUUUUGUAUGUUUAUAAGUCUGGGUUUAUGCGUAUAAUGUUAAGGGUGCAGCAAAUAAUGAAUUUGGUGGACAGUGAUCUUUUCCUGUUCUGUGAGGUUGUGUGAGUAUUGUUUGUGUGUGUGUGUGUGUGUGUGUGUGUGUGUGUGUGUGUGCAUCCACGCUAUGUAUGUGUGGCAGUCAGGCCUUUGAUGGUGCUCUAUUAUGUGUAUAUAAUUCAGUAAUUUAGGCUGUCUGCCAAAAUCACUGUUAUGCACUUAAAAUGAGAAUAUGAGAGAUAUAUACCUUGUGUCUGUGGGUUUGUGUUUAUGUACAUGCAUGUAUAUAUGUGCGUGCGAGUGUGUGUGUGAGUGUGAGUGUGUGUUUGGGGUGAAGCCUAUUUGUACGCACGUGGUUUUGCGUACUUAAGCGUGGUAAAGAGCUUUGAGGUCAUUGGUCGGGUACCCCGUAAGUUGUUAGAGAGUUUAGGGUCAGACAAAAGGUCGGAAUUAGCGUCAGGGCCGAGGUCAUGCUCUGGUGAUCCCGUAAGACGUGGUACUAGAGCCUUUUGCUCAAUGAGCAAACACACUUAGGCUCAGCUGAAUGCUACUUGUGUGAAUGUUUUUAUGUGUGUGUGUGUGUGUGUGUGUGUGUGUGUGUGUGUAUGUAUGUAUGUAGGUAGGUACUGUAGAUACAGUGUUGAGAGCUGGGCACACUCUCCUUGCAAAUUGUGAGCAGUGGACUUCUCUCACAUUGGUCAAACUACAUAAUGUCUACUGGAUCCACCAACUGUGUUUUCCAUAACAUUAUGCUAAAUGUCCCUUUCUCUCUUAUAUUUUAGUGUACUGUAUGUGAGUUUGGGUAUAUUAAGUUGGUGAUGUGUAUACAUCUAUGCACUUGUGUGUGUGUGUGUGUGUGAGUGUGUGUGUGUGUGUGUGUGUGUGUGUGUGUGUGUGUCAGAAAGAGAGAGAGAAAGAGAGAGAAAUAUACUGUCCCAUUUGUUAACGUGUCAUGGUACACAGAUGAUCUGCACAGUAUUUUUUGUCUUACAAUGCCUGUCCCUUCAACGUUCAUGCGCACAUACACAGACAGAAAACAACGUAUGCUCUUAUGUUACAUCUCUGUGUGCCUGUUUAUGUGUGAGUAUAUGAGAGAGAAUGCUGAAUUAUGUGGUGUCCAAAGACAAUAGAAAGGGGGAAGAAAGCCCAUUUGAAUGUGUGUUUGAGUGUUGAAGUUUAAGUAUAGAUGUUAUGAAGUUAAAGUCUUGGGUUAUUCCUGGGUGCAGCUUUGGGUGUGGGAUGAAGGGGGAACUGUCACAGGGGGUGUACAUGCAUAAAAGCACCUACAAAACAACAGUAUAUCUGCAGUGCUGUCACUGGCUCUAAUGCCUACGGGUACGUUUAAAUGUUACACAGCCCAUUCGAUUCAUAUUGUAUGCCCAGAAGACAGUCCAGGAGGAAUCCUCUACACAUCCCCACAUUUUACAAAUGUAUUUCCUUGUGUUUGAGUGCAAAAUCUUACAUGUUUUAUUCUGUGGUUCUUUACUCCAUUUGCGACCACAGACAUAUUUGUGGUGAGAGAGCUGAUAACACACUUUGCUCGAAGAAAUGAGGUGGGAGUCGUUUUAAAAAAUGGUUGGAAAACUGUCUAUACAAACAUAUAGAGGUAGUCGGACACUAAAUGUAUAGACGUAGCAAAUUCAGAUCAGGCAGAGGAGAGAUAAUAACACUAUAUGAUUGACAUGCAAUGCACUCUCCACUCCUCUCUCUUAAAUAUAUAAAUGUUAUUUAUGUUCAUAUUUCCUCUUUGUUCUCUCAAUGUGGUCUUCUCAGCUGAUGUUUUUUUUUUUUUUUGAAAAAAGUUACUUAUUUGUGGACUGAAUGCAAAUGUAUAAAAGGAGAAACAUUAAUACUAAAAAAAACAAUGUGUUGAAUAUGUGUAUAAAAUGUGUAUAUGUCAAUGAUCCCUGUAAUAAAGAUUCAGAGAUGUAUAAAUGUA